AUGGCAGUCAAACAUAUUAGUGAAUUGCGAGACAUUUGUUUGGAUGAGCCAACCGAACCAUUCCACUAUCCUUCCAUCGUUUAUCCAUCAUUCCUGCGUGCCACACUCCUCGCCAGUCCAAACUAUCCAAGAAAGUAUCCAUCGAAUGUGACGUGCUCCGUGCAGGUGGUUGUUCCACAGCAUCACCUCCUCGAUGUGACACUGCUGGAUUUCGAGUUGGACAUCAAGAGAGAUGGUGUCUGUAAGGCUAACAUUUGUGACCCCAAACAAAUUUGUUUAUUUCAAAAACAACUCAUAAAUGUAAAACUUAUUAUCAACUCAAUAUAUAAAAAUGAAAAAAAAGGGUUUAAUUAA